GGAGGGCAGGGAGCCAUUGGUGAGUCUCGGGAGCCGGAGGAGCCGCCGCCAACUGGACACGCUUCCCGGGUCCCUGGCCAACCCCGUGCGCCAUGAAGCGCUAGCGCGGCGGCAGGGCUGGGGCCGGGCGGGAGGCGGCCAGGUGCGCAGCGAGGCUUGGAGCGGCGCGCACCCCGCGGAUGCCCCAGCCGGGGCCCAGCGAGCGCUAGGUAGUUCCAAAUUGCCAGCAGAAUGAACACAGAAAGAGACUCAGAAACAACAUUUGAUGAGGAUUCUCAGCCUAAUGAUGAGGUGGUACCCUACAGCGAUGAUGAAACUGAAGAUGAACUUGAAGACCAGGGACCUGUCAUUGAACCAGAACAGAAUCGAGUCAACACAGAAGCAGAGGACAACCGGGAGCCAUUCAGAAAAGAUUGUACUUGGCAAGUCAAAGCAAAUGAUAGAAAGUUCCACGAACAACCUCAUUUUAUGAACACCAAGUUCUUCUGUGUUAAGGAAAGCAAAUAUGCGAAUAAUGCAAUUAAAACAUACAAGUACAACGCAUUUACCUUUCUACCCAUGAAUUUGUUUGAGCAGUUUAAGAGAGCUGCCAACUCCUAUUUCCUGGUUCUACUUAUCUUACAGUCAAUUCCUCAAAUCUCCACCCUGGCAUGGUACACCACUCUUGUGCCUCUACUUUUGGUGCUGGGCAUCACUGCAAUCAAAGACCUAGUGGACGACGUGGCUCGCCAUAAAAUGGAUAAGGAAAUCAACAAUAGGACAUGUGAAGUCAUUAAGGAUGGCAGGUUCAAAAUUACCAAGUGGAAAGAUGUUAAAGUUGGAGAUGUCAUCCGACUGAAAAAGAAUCAUUUUAUACCAGCUGACAUUCUGCUGCUGUCCAGCUCUGAACCUAACAGCCUCUGCUACGUGGAGACAGCUGAGCUAGAUGGGGAAACCAAUUUAAAGUUCAAAAUGGCACUGGAAAUCACAGACCAAUAUCUCCAACGUGAAGAUAACUUGGCAACAUUUGAUGGCUUUAUUGAAUGUGAAGAACCCAACAACCGGCUGGAUAAGUUUUUGGGAACACUAUUUUGGAGAAACAGAAGUUUUCCUUUGGAUGCUGAUAAAAUUCUGUUGCGUGGCUGUGUGAUUAGGAACACCGAUAUCUGUCAUGGCUUGGUCAUUUUUGCAGGUGCUGACACUAAAAUAAUGAAGAACAGUGGGAAAACCAGAUUUAAAAGAACUAAAAUUGAUUACCUGAUGAACUACAUGGUGUACACGAUCUUCAUUGUUCUCAUCCUGCUGUCUGCGGGCCUUGCCAUUGGCCACGCUUAUUGGGAAGCUCAAGUUGGCAAUUGUUCUUGGUACCUGUAUGAUGGAGAAAAUGCCACACCCUCCUACCGGGGAUUUCUGAAUUUCUGGGGCUACAUCAUUGUGCUGAACACCAUGGUGCCCAUCUCUCUGUAUGUAAGUGUGGAAGUGAUUCGUCUGGGACAGAGUCAUUUCAUUAACUGGGACCUACAGAUGUACUAUGCUGAGAAGGACAUGCCUGCAAAGGCAAGAACCACCACGCUGAACGAGCAGCUUGGGCAGAUCCAUUACAUCUUCUCUGAUAAGACGGGGACACUCACACAAAAUAUCAUGACCUUUAAAAAAUGCUGCAUCAAUGGACAAAUCUAUGGAGACUAUCGAGAUGCUGCUCAACAUAGUCACAGCAAAAUAGAGCCAGUUGAUUUCAGCUGGAAUACAUUUGCUGAUGGGAAGCUUGCCUUUUAUGACCACUAUCUCAUCGAGCAAAUCCAGUCAGGGAAAGAGCCAGAAGUCCGGCACUUCUUCUUCUUGCUUGCAGUGUGCCACACAGUCAUGGUGGACAGAAAUGAUGGUCAGAUCAACUACCAGGCAGCCUCUCCCGAUGAAGGUGCCCUGGUCAACGCCGCCAGGAACUUUGGUUUUGCCUUCCUCGCCAGGACACAGAACACUAUCACCAUCAGCGAGCUGGGCACCGAAAGAACCUAUAGCGUUCUUGCCAUCUUAGACUUCAACAGUGACCGGAAGCGGAUGUCUAUAAUUGUGAGAACCCCAGAAGGCAGUAUCAGGCUGUAUUGUAAAGGAGCCGACACUGUAAUUUAUGAACGGUUACAUCAAAUGAAUCCUACAAAACAAGAGACACAAGAUGCCCUGGAUGUCUUCGCAAGUGAAACUCUUAGAACUUUGUGCCUUUGCUACAAGGAAAUUGAAGAAAAAGAAUUUGCAGAAUGGAAUAAAAAGUUCAUGGCUGCCAGCGUGGCCACAACCAACCGGGACGAGGCUCUGGAUAAAGUGUAUGAGGAGAUUGAGAAAGACUUAAUUCUCUUGGGAGCUACAGCUAUUGAAGACAAGCUACAGGAUGGUGUUCCAGAAACCAUUUCAAAACUUGCAAAAGCUGACAUUAAGAUAUGGGUGCUGACUGGAGACAAAAAGGAAACUGCUGAAAACAUAGGAUUUGCUUGUGAACUUCUGACAGAAGAUACCACUAUCUGCUAUGGGGAAGAUAUAAAUGCUCUUCUUCAUACAAGAAUGGAAAACCAGAGAAAUAGAGGUGGAGUCUAUGCAAGAUUUGCACCCCCUGUGCACGAACCUUUUUUUCCACCUGGUGAAAAUCGUGCCUUAAUAAUCACCGGUUCCUGGUUGAAUGAAAUUCUUCUAGAGAAAAAGACCAAGAGAAGUAAGAUUCUGAAGCUGAAGUUCCCAAGGACAGAAGAAGAGAGACGGAUGAGGACCCAAAGUAAGAGACGGCUCGAGGUUAAGAAGGAGCAGCAGCAAAAGAACUUUGUGGACCUGGCCUGUGAGUGCAGCGCUGUCAUCUGCUGCCGUGUCACCCCCAAGCAGAAGGCCAUGGUGGUGGACCUGGUGAAGCGGUACAAGAAGGCCAUCACACUGGCCAUUGGAGAUGGGGCCAACGACGUGAACAUGAUCAAAACUGCCCACAUUGGGGUCGGAAUAAGUGGACAAGAAGGAAUGCAAGCCGUCAUGGCCAGUGACUAUUCCUUCGCUCAGUUCAGGUAUCUGCAGAGGCUGCUGCUGGUGCACGGCCGCUGGUCUUACAUUCGGAUGUGCAAGUUCCUGCGCUACUUCUUCUAUAAAAACUUCGCGUUUACCUUGGUUCACUUCUGGUACUCCUUCUUCAAUGGCUACUCAGCACAGACUGCAUACGAGGACUGGUUCAUCACGCUGUACAAUGUGCUAUACUCCAGCCUGCCGGUGCUCCUCAUGGGGCUGCUUGACCAGGACGUAAGUGACAAACUGAGCCUCCGCUUCCCCGGCUUGUACGUAGUGGGACAAAGGGAUUUACUGUUCAACUACAAGCGAUUCUUUGUCAGUUUGUUGCAUGGGAUCUUGACGUCGAUGGUCCUCUUCUUCAUACCUUUUGGAGCGUAUCUGCAAACCGUGGGACAGGAUGGAGAGGCGCCUUCCGACUACCAGUCUUUUGCUGUCACCGUUGCCUCUGCCCUUGUAAUAACAGUCAAUUUCCAGAUUGGCUUGGACACAUCUUACUGGACUUUCGUGAAUGCUUUUUCAAUCUUUGGAAGCAUUGCACUUUAUUUUGGCAUCAUGUUUGAUUUUCAUAGUGCGGGAAUACACGUUCUCUUUCCAACUGCAUUUCAAUUUACAGGCACAGCUUCCAAUGCCCUGAGACAGCCUUAUAUCUGGCUGACCAUCAUCUUGACAGUUGCAGUGUGCUUAUUACCUGUCGUUGCCACUCGUUUCUUGUCAAUGACCAUUUGGCCAUCAGAAAGUGAUAAGAUCCAGAAGCACCGCAAGCGGCUGAAGGCGGAGGAGCAGUGGAAGCAGCGGCAGCGCGUGUUCCGGCGCGGGGCGUCGUCCCGGCGCUCGGCCUACGCCUUCUCGCACCAGCGCGGCUACGCCGACCUCAUCUCCUCGGGGCGCAGCAUCCGCAAGAAGCGCUCGCCGCUCGACGCCAUCGUGGCGGACGGCGCGGCCGAGUACCGGCGCACCGAGCCCAGCUGAAGGCGGGGCCGCGGACACUCAGGACUUCCUCACGCAUCUGCAGCCCGUAGCCUUUCUAAGAAGCCAUGGCAAGGCCCAGGGAACUGUUGUCCGGCUGCUGAUGGUCAUCCGACCCAACGGGAACGUUUUC